AUGGCUGGGAAUGAAGUGAUUGAGUACUCGAAAAGCAAGCUCAUCCGGCAACCACCGUCGGUUCCGUUUCUAUGGGAGGAAAUGCCAGGGAUUGCUAAAAAAGACUGGAGUCCUAUGGUUGUGGUUUCUUCAGUUACUGAAGAGCUCUUAGCUCUACCACCUCCGCCCCCUCCUGUCAAGCUUAUUGCCUCAGUUCCAUUCAACUGGGAGGAAAAGCCUGGAAAGCCAUUAUCUUGUUUCUCAGAGUCAAAGCCGGUCAUUGAAUCACCGGUUUUAGCUUUACUACCACCACCUCCCAUGUAUUCUCAAUUCCACAGUGACAGCUUUGACCUCGAAAUGGAAUCGUUCGGUUUCGAAACUGACGAUUCGGACAGUACAGCACCUUCUUCUCUCUUGGCGAAUUGCCUGGUAUCAACAUUUGCUGUUUCUGCUGCCGUUCCAGUUGAAGAAUCUCUUUUGACAGAUGAUAUCGGUGACCUGUUAGAAACACCUGCCUCGCCUGGUUCAGAAUCUGACAGCAGCACCAGUAGCUAUGCCACUGGAGUUUCAAGCCUUACAGGGUCUUCUUUCUUGGAAUGUCUCUUUCCAUUACAUCCACCCAAGUCUGGUUUACACGAGACUCUUGAAGACUCCGAAAAUGGAUCCCGCACUCCACCAAAGCUACAACACAGCAAUUCUGAUUAUGAAGGUGUUAGCAUUAUCAAGGCAAAAAAAGCACCAACGCUUGGAGAGUUGAUAAUGAUGAGCCGGAGGAGGAGUUGCCAGAGAAAAGCCACUCAACUGGCAAAAAAGUAUCCAUCAAGGGAAUUUAUGAAUACAAAACCUUUUGGCUGCUGCAUCUUUGGAACUGGUAUCACAAUGAUUGAAGGAUUUCAAAGGAAAAGGCACAUUGCAAGGCUGAAACUUGUAUAGGGUCAGUAUUAUGGUUCAGGAUCACCCUGUAUUUACCUUUCUGUGUGAAGCUUCUACCAAUUUCUUUUAACUUUCACUUAGUCGAGAUUGUAAGCGUUGCCAAAUUUCCAAAUUGUGUUCACAUAACACUAAUAGAAUGCCAAGAAAUCUGAAUUUGAAGUUUUCACUAA